AUGAGGCAAUGUGGGAUUCAUGACGUAUUCCAUUCUUCUUACCUUCGCAUCCACUUACCAAACGACAACCGAUUGUUCCCAGGUCGACUCGACAACCAGGUGGCUGAGUUCAAGGAGGAAGAGCAAGAAUGGGCAGUGGACAGGAUCCUAUCCCACAAGGGGACCCGGUCAGAUGCUGUCUUUGAGGUCAGAUGGAAGUCUGGGGACGUGACCUGGUUACCUUACGAUCAAGUUGAUCAUUUAGCCAUGCUGCAGGAGUACUUCGAUGUCUUAGACAUCGAGCAUGUCUCAGAAUUGACAGAAGGUAAUGGGUUGCCACCUACUGAUAACCCACAGGUGUUUCUAGGUCAUCUAGGUCUGGGACUGGACUAUAUAACCCCCACCUCCCCUUCCAAUUCCUCCACAACUCCUCAACUCCAAUGCUCAUCCCAACGCCAACCAUCGACCAUGUCCAAUCCCAAUCCAGCGCCACUAUUUCGAACCUUGGGCAAUGGCCGCUUUGCCAUGCCCGACCGGUACCGACCUGGGGUCACUCUCCUCCUGACCCUAGACCAGAUCAAGCUCUACCUUCAGCACGAUGCUGAUCUGCGAGGAGGUAUCGAGCCUACCACUAUCCCCUCACCCAUCAGUUACGAUGAGUUAGCUGUCGCACUCAAUAGCAACGCUGAGAACGGCAUCCAAGUCGCCCUGGUGUUAGAGGACAACACCGGGGUGCACAUCAAGGGGCGCCUGCCCACCCUGGCUGAGCUGGUCGGGCUCGAUGCCACCAGGAGGGUUGUAACCACUCAGCGCGAUCCUAGAGAAGAAGCGGGAGGGAAAUGGUUGGACUCCCGUUGUACGGAACUGAUGGACGAGGCAUUGUGGGACAACCUCGACCGCCUUCAUAAGCAGAGGAAGUGGCGAGAGAAGGGUGUGGCUGAAAGGCAGGCCAAGCGUCAACAUCAAGAGGACGAAGAAGCCUUCAGACCCUUUGCACCUUCGAGGACCACCAAUCAUGCUGUGGCCGGACCCUCCAACACUACUCACAGCCGUGCACCAUCUCCCUUCCUCAACAACCCCGUUCCUCCUCCACCUGACUCUUCUGCUCCCAAGCAACCCGCGCCUCCCAAUGACGAGGACGCCGAGAUGAUGGAUGGCGAAGCCACUGAGGCCGCCAAGGAAGCCGCAUGCGCAAAGGCCAAGGGGCACAUUCCCAAGAAGUAG